GUGGUUCGAGCGCUGAAGUCGGUCGAGAUGUCGGAGGUGAUGAUAUCUCAGGUGAGCGCCGGUACGGUGGUUCGAGGCACCGUCCUCGUCGCCUUCGUCACCCUGGCCACCACGUAUACCAUAGCCGUCCUCCACCGCGACGCGCCCCUGGUUCCCAUGAUCAGCGAUACCUUCGUGUACGCCCCGGAGAGCUACGUCUCCAGGUUUGGCGUCGUGACCGCGUCCGCGAUGCUGCAGCUGGUGGUGUGGCUGCUCCGCUCCUAUCUUUGCGCGUUCGCGUCGGGUCACCGGGCGUGGAGGUGGUUCGCCACGGUCCACUCCUUAUGCGGCGCGGUGGCGAGCGCGGCGAUGGGCCUCGUGGGCGCCAUCAACGACCAGGAGAACCUCAAGUACCACCUCUCCGCGGCGACGGUUUUCUUCUACUCGGUGAUCCUGUGGCAGGUUGGGUACACCGCGCAGCUCGCGGCGCAUCCCUCGGCGACGUCGUUCAGGUCCGUGGCGCUCAAGGCGGCGUGCGCGGUGAGCGCAGCGCUGGCGCUGACCGCGUUCUUCGCGUUCGCGGGGCUGGACCUGAUGCGGUACUACACGCGGAUCGCGGCUUGCGAGUGGGUGUUGGCAGCGGCGACGGGGUUGUCGGUGUACAGCCUCGGGUUUGAGCUUGAGGGAGGCGCGAGCGGACGGGAAGGUGGGAUAGGCAUGGAACUCGGUAGUCUGUGGCGGGGACCGGCGCCUGGAGACGAUGAGGAGGACAAGGCCGACGAGGAUUACCACCCCCUCUGAUGCUCUUCACGACGAGCUAGCUAGCUAUUUGUAGAUUCGCGAUUUAGCGCCUGGCGACAAUGAGGAGGACAAGGCCGACGAGGAUUACCACCCCCUCUGAUGCUCUUCACGACGAGCUAGCUAGUUGUAGAUUCGCGAUUUAUUUAAGGCAGGCGCCAGCCG